AAAUCAGUUUAUUACGGCGCUCUGUCUCUCUGUCUCUCUCUCUCUCUCUCUCUCUCUCAUCUUCUUGUCUGAGACCGAAUCUUCGAUUCAAUGGCAACGGCUUUUCCUUUCUCUCCCUCCAUAGUUCUUGCCAAAUCCACCACGAAUCGGCUGAGCUUUCGUUUAGGAUCAUCAUCGUCUCUUCGUCCCUGCAACAACGACAACAAUCAUCGCAGCUCUUCCACCGGCCUCGUCUCGUCGUUUCCUCUACCUCUUCCUUCAAUCAAACUCCCGCUAAUUGUAUCCGCAACCGCUGCUGCGAUCGAAGUCGAAGAAGUUACAACUGCCAGAAAUUCUUCGAAGAUCCUUCCUAUCCGAGUUGGUCAUGGUUUUGACCUCCAUAGAUUGGAGCCUGGGUACCCUCUAAUUAUCGGUGGAAUUAAUAUCCCCCAUGAUAGAGGCUGUGAAGCUCAUUCCGAUGGUGAUGUGUUGCUUCACUGCGUGGUCGAUGCAAUUUUAGGUGCGUUGGGGCUUCCGGACAUCGGGCAGAUCUUCCCAGAUAACGACCCUAAAUGGAAGGGUGCAGCAUCUUCUGUGUUCGUUGAAGAAGCUGUGAGGCUGAUGAAUGAAGCAGGUUAUGAGCUGGGAAACUUGGAUGCAACCUUGAUUCUGCAGAGACCAAAACUGAGCCCACACAAGGAGGCUAUGAGGGCCAACUUGUCAACACUGCUCGGUGUGGAUCCUUCUAUCGUCAAUCUCAAAGCAAAAACUCACGAAAAGGUGGACAGCCUUGGAGAAAACCGAAGCAUUGCAGCUCAUACUGUGGUUCUUCUAAUGAGAAAGUGAAGGCACGAGCAUCUUCCAAAACUGCCCAGUGAGGUAAUUGAAAUUUCUUUUCUGUUUUAUAUUCUGUUAGCAGAAUGUGUUACUUUGUCCUCGCAGGUGAGGAUUGAGGACUAUGUGGUCACUGGCGUAAUGGGGCCAAUGUUCACCAUUGUAUGUAACUCAUUUAUAGUAUAGAAUAAUCUUCAAAAUAACAAAGCCUUAUCCCAA